GUGCGCACCGAAAAGGGUAGAUCUCUACUCUCCCUCUUUCCCACACGCGCAUAUAUUCUCUGACACAGUGACAAGAGCCCACAGAGAAUAGAAGAAACUGAUAAAAUGGCUUGCUGCCUGCGGUUGCGGCCUCCACCCGGUCAACCUUUCGAUCUCGUUUCAAUUAAUCUCAAGAAGCACAUUAAAAUUGCUAAGCUCUGCAUUCGCAAUUGUGCUGCAAACCCAGAAAACACGAACAAGCUAGUGGUUGAAGUCAAAGAGAGGCUUGAAAAGGAACACAGUUAUCUCCCUGUGGGCAAAAAUGGAAGAGACGAUGAAGAGUUGAUCCUAUGGUUUCUGAAGGACCGGAAAUUUUCUGCUGAAGAGGCUAUCUCCAAAUUGGCCAAAGCCAUUAGAUGGCGUCACGAAUUUGGUGUGUCAGAAUUGUCAGAAGAAUCAGUCCAAUGUGUAGCUGAAACAGGAAAAGCUUAUGUGCAUGACUAUCUUGAUAUAUAUAACAGGCCAGUGCUAAUAGUGGAAGCAUCCAAGCAUUUCCCUGAGGAGCAUGAAUAUCAUGAUGAUGAGAGGCUCUGUGUUUUUCUGAUUGAGAAAGCUCUGAGAAAACUACCAGAUGGGAAGGAGGAAAUACUAGGAAUAUUUGAUCUGCGAGGAUUUGGGAUGCAAAAUGCAGAUAUUAAAUUCCUAACUUUCCUGUUUGACGCGUUUUACUACUACUAUCCAAGGCGAUUGGGUGAAGUCCUUUUUGUGGAAGCUCCUUUUGUAUUCAAGCCAGUUUGGCAGCUGGCAAAGCCGCUCCUAAAAUCAUAUGCUUCAUUGGUGAGAUUUUGCUCAGCGAAGACUGUAAUAGAUGAGUAUUUUACAGCAGAGACCAUCCCCUCUAACUUUAAAGAAUGAACGUACAAAGAUGUGCAGUGGAAUGGAAGGCUUUGAGAGUGUUAUGGUGACGGAUGCAAAUAUUUUGAGUUAAGGGGACAUAAUCAAACCUUGUACAAAUUAAAUACUUUAUUUUUUAUUUUUAAAUAAUUCAUACUUGACUCGAAAAAAUAAAGAUUUAGGUUUAAAAAACA